AUGAAAGCAGACAUAACCAAGUAUUGCAAUAGAUGUAUUGUGUGUUGUAGAUGUAACGAUUAUUACCACAAGAGAAGAGGUUUGCUAAAGCCUUUACCUGUAAUGAGUGACAAGUUUGUUGCUAUAUCAUGUGACUUUAUAACCAAUUUAAAAGAAGUUGAAGACGACAAUGGAAAUGUAUAUAAUCAAAUUUGGGUAAUUGUCGAUCGUUUCUCUAAAUAUGUCACAUUGAUUCCGACUCAUAAUACCUAUAAAUCUGAAGAUUUGUAUAAUUUAUUUAUGUCAAAUUAUGUUAAAUAUUUUUGUGUACCGCGUGAAAUUACUAGUGAUAGAGAUAGUAAACUUACAUCAAAAGUUUGGCGUACUUUCGCCGACAAGAUGAAGGUGAAGUUAAAUUUCACUUCCGCUGACCAUCAACAAGCAAACGGUCAAGCUGAGAUUGUUAUUAGAGCUAUUAAAAAUACUUUAAGAAAGUUAUUAUUAGACGAUAAGAUUAACGAUUUAGAUAAGAAUUGGUACGAACAUUUAUAA